AUGGCUGAAAGCACGGCAAGUGUUGGAAGAUCUGGAUCUGAGAUAGAAGCCGCUUCAGUCAGUAGAUUUGAACACCUCAUUGAUAUCCCAUUCUCCGAAAAAAUGAUAGACUCGUUAAUUGCUUUAUUCAAUUAUUUCGAUAUUUACGCACCAAGAAUGGAAUUAUUAUACACAAUCAUUACAUUCCUAAGAUUCUUCCAGCUUAUUGGUGGCUCAUUCAUGGCAGCCAAUUUAGAUUCCUUUGCUGAAAACACGUUAGCUCAAAAAGUUGUGAGCGUAAUUACAGUACUAUUCCAUGUUGUUCCAUUGGAAUACAGAAGAGGAAAUGAAAUGAUUAUCUUAGGUGUAGUUAAUGGAAUUUUGCUAAUUAUGGGAAUUUAUCUCCAGGUUACAGCCUUUUCAUAUAAGAGCACUAGCAAAGUUCCAAAGGCUUCCCUUCUUAUCCUAAGUGUCUAUCUGGCUAUUGGACCGUUCCUUUUGGUUCCAAUUUCAGCCCAAUAUACUGGACAACUGCUUUCUGCUUACAUUCAAGGUACGUGCCACAACAUGCUUCAAGUGUGGUACUUAUAUUAA